CUACACACCAUCUACACCGACGGUUGCUUUGAUAAGCUGGAAGGCGAUCUCCUCGAGAACGUCACCAUUUUGGGGGGCAUCGCUAUAGGCAUCGGAUUUGUUCAGCUCGUGGGCGUGGCUUUUGCAUGUUGUCUUGGUCGCUCCUUGAAGCGGCAGUACGAAACCGUUUAAAGUCUACGGCAGCACGAUGCCACUCUUCGCUCCACUUCUCUGCAUCAAUCAACUGUUGUGCGCCUGCCUAUGGGUCUAUAAUGUGCCCAUGGAUUUUUCCAACUCUACUUACUGGCUUACCUUAUUGAAUAAAUUCUUCUACUUCAAUUAAUAAAUAAAAGGACGAAUGAUAUGUAUAAACCAUCGAAAAACAUUUUCGUUAGCGUAACUCACUCUUUACGAAUCUGGGCAAUUAAGUUAUUCGCGUUCUACGUAUACCUUCGUAUAGGUAAUCCAGAAAGUUAUUUUAAGUUAGCAAGAGAAGAUAAUUCUCUAUUGAUGUGUUAUCAGUGUUAAAGAUUUAUUCUUCAUAAAAAAAAUAAAACGUCCAUUCCAUUAUAUUUUCAAGAGGUGUUUAAAUUAUAUGACAAUCUUUUAAAUUUCUAACAGUCAAAUUCAUCUGAUCUUAACUUCAAUUGGCACUGUUUCUGUUGAUUUCGAUCUUACUCAAUCCUGGCAUGGAAUCCAUGUAAAUAACUUUUAUGAAAAAAAAAAAAACAAAUCAACAACGAGCAUGUAUUUCUGUUGAUUUUAGGUGUCAAGUUUUAGUAGGAGAACUCCGUUUUUAGUUCAACUCGUAAACGUUUAUUUUUGGUAAUUCUAUCCUCUUUCCUCGACUUUCCUAUUCUGCUAUUCAUGACUAUGUACCUCUUCUUAUCAGGAAUUUCUUAUCGUAAAAUGCUUGUUGCAAUGCAUAUUAAACGAACGCGUAUAUAAUAUAAAAGAUAUGGAAGUUAUUUAUUAUGAAGUGGAGUUAAUCCUAUCUCACGCAUCGGCUUUAAAAGUUGCGUCAACUUAAUCCAGCGUUAAGACUUUUUUGCUACCCGGCUUCCAUCUUUGUAUUGCAGUUUGUAGUGCAGUAUUGCAGUGAAUUAUUGCAGUUUGUAGUGCAGGAUUGUAGUGAAUUAUUACCGUUUGUAUUGCAGGAUUGUAGUUUGUAGUGCAGUAUUGCAGUGAAGUAUUGCAGUUUGUAGUGCAGAAUUGCAGUUUGCGUUUAGGUAUUGCAAAACUGCAGUAUUGAAGUAUUGCAAUUUGUACUGCAUGAUUGCAGUUGCUGUUGCAGUAUCACAGUUUGUAUU